GAGGAGGUCGCCGAUUUGACUAUAUAGGAAUUUUGUUUUUGCUUAUUUGGAUAAGCAUGCUAAUUGUAGCUGACUUGAAUAUGACGUUUGUAUUUUCGUCAUCACUGGAAUAGAUUUGUUUAAAAUAUCCGCGAAGACCUUGAUUGACGAGAAGCACUGCAGUCAACAAGGUAAGGUUACCAAGAAGCAUGUUGGAGGUCAUGACAAUAAUUAACUGCAAGGAAAGAGUCAAAGGUGAAAGAGCGCCUUUGGUUCGGAUGACUAGCUGCCGACAGUACAGCAACACCUGCAACUUAACUGCUUAGUGAAGAGCAGCGAUGGAGCAGCUGAGUGGCUUGAGCGCCAGAGAAACUGUGGAGCGCGUGGCAGCUCUGCUGGGAUGCCAUCCCACCUCGGAGCGGGUGGCCGCGUUCUUAGACCAACACGACGAGUUAAGACACCUCAGGGAGAACUUUUUUGUGCCCAAAAUUGCAGAUUUACCUACCUCGGAUCUGUCGCUAGUUGACGGCACCCAAGACAGCAUCUACCUGGUUGGCAACUCGCUGGGCCUGCAGCCCAAAAUGGUCAAGAAGUACUUGGACGAGGAGCUGGACAAGUGGGCCAAAAUGGGCGUGCACGGCCAUAUGGAGGGGUCGCGACCUUGGGCCUGGGCUGAGAACGACCUGGAGGCGCUCAUGGCAAGAGUUGUCGGAGCCCGACCCGAAGAGGUGGCGCUGAUGAACGGCUUGACGGUCAACUUACACUUGCUGAUGCUUUCCUUCUACCGACCAACGGCCGCACGGCACAAGAUCGUCCUGGAAGAUAAAGCCUUCCCUUCGGAUCACUACGCCGUUGAGUCUCAGAUCCGACUACGAGGAUUUGACCCGGAGGAGAGCAUGUUGCUGCUGAAGCACAGGCCGGACGAGGAGACUCUCCGAACGGAGGACAUCUUGGACCUGAUCGAGAAGGAGGGCUCCUCAGUGGCUUUAGUGAUGCUCAGCGGGGUUCAGUACUACACCGGUCAGCUGUUCAACAUGGCCGCCAUCACCAAGGCUGCCCAGAAGCAGGGCUGCUUGGUGGGCUUCGACCUAGCGCACGCAGCAGGAAACGCCGAGCUGAAGCUGCACGACUGGGGAGUGGACUUUGCUUGUUGGUGCUCUUACAAGUAUUUGAAUUCAGGUUGCGGUGGGAUUGCUGGAGCGUUCGUCCAUGAGAAACAUCAACACACCAUCAAACCUACGCUGACGGGAUGGUGGGGUCAUGACUUAAAAACUCGUUUCGACAUGAACAACGAGUUGGAGCUGCAGCCUGGAGUGAAAGGCUUCAGACUAUCCAACCAAUCUGUUUUCCUCGUGUGCCCCCUGCAAGCCAGUUUGGAGGUGUUUAACAUGACCAGCAUGCAGAUGCUGCGCAAGAAGUCCAUGCUACUAACAGGCUACUUGGAGUACCUAAUUGGCCACUACUACAACGAGGACCCCGGCAGACCUCACGUGCACAUCAUCACGCCUUCGGACCCGCAGCAGAGAGGCUGCCAGCUGUCUCUCUGCUUUUCUGUGCCCAUUGAUACAGUCUUCCGGGAACUGGAGAAGAGGGGCGUGGUUUGUGACAUGCGUCAUCCAAGUGUGUUGCGCAUCGCCCCGGUGCCACUCUACAACUCCUUCAGUGACGUCCAUCGCUUCAUCGAAAAUUUAGCAGCGGCUGUAGGCUCCAACUGCCAGUGAGCCGCCAACAAGCAGCCUGUUUGAUCAGCAAGUCAAAUAAAAACCCUAAA